GUCGGGAAUAAAAAUUUAUUCAAUUUGAAUACCUCAUUUAUUUUUUUGUCGUAGUGGUGUUGAUUUUUUGUUUUUUUGGACUGAAAAAAUAAAUAGUGAUAGGUUUUUUUUUUGGUGUGGACUAUUUUUUUUUUUUGUAUUGGUGCUGGAAAAAAUUGGGCCAUGGCGGUGGAAACGCUCACUGAAACCCAGAUGUUUGAACCGAAGCAAGGAGGAGACAUCACCUACAUGGACAUGGUUGAGGAGUCCCAGCCUCUCGGUGACUCGCAGAUACAGAAACUCUUCGCUGGAUCCUCCGUCCUCCUCACUGGAGGUACCGGCUUCCUUGGAAAGCUGGUCGUGGAGAAAUUGUUGAGAUCCUGUCCAGACUUAAAGAAGAUCUUCCUUCUAGCAAGACCGAAGAAGAAUAAGACCAUCACGAAAAGAUUACAAGAACAAUUUGAUGAUGUGCUCUACGAUAGACUGCGCAAGGAAUGUCCAGACUUCAUCAAUAAGAUCAGCAUUGUGGAAGGUGAUGUAGGGCAGCUGGACCUGGGGAUGUGCCCUGAAGACAGGAUCAAAAUUAUGAAUGAGGUGGAAGUGAUCUUCCAUGGAGCAGCAACAGUCAGGUUCGACGAGCCCCUGAAGACCGCUGUGGAGAUCAACGUGCGAGGGACCAGGGAGAUGUUCAAGCUGGCCAGGGGAUGCAGCAAGCUGAAGGCAUUUGUUCAUAUUUCUACUGCUUACAGUAACUGCCCUCAAAAUAUGAUCGGCGAGAAGUUCUACGAGAGCCCCCUGCCGGGAGACAAGCUGAUCGACCUGGUGGAGACCAUGGAAGAGAAGGUCAUCAAUAACAUCACUCCUGGCUUCCUUGGAGAUUUCCCCAACACCUAUGCCUACACGAAGGCUGUAGCUGAGAAUAUUGUCAAGGAGUACUCCAAGGGUCUACCAGUGGCAUUAUUCAGGCCUUCUAUUGUUAUUGGGACAUCUAAGGAACCAGUGUCUGGAUGGAUAGACAAUGUGUACGGACCUACUGGUGUGGUAGUCGGAGCAGCGGUAGGUCUCCUCCACGUGUUAAACUGCAACCCCAAAGUCAAAGCUGACCUGGUGCCAGGAGACAUGGUGGUGAACGCCUGCAUCGCCACAGCCUGGAAGACGGCGAAGGAGUAUCCCAGUAACCACGAGGAUGCUCCUCCUCCAGACCUGACUCCUCCUGUUUACAACUACGUGUCUUCUGAACAGAGGCCUUUGACUUGGGAGAAAUUCAUGAAUUAUAACGAAGUAUACGGUUUCCAAGUACCGACCGUCCAAGCUAUAUAUUACUACCUGUUUCACCUGACUUCGUCCAAGUUUCUAUACAACUUGUACUGCUUCUUGCUACACUGGAUCCCUGCUUAUAUCAUUGACGGAGUCGCCGUGAUCAUUGGCAAGAAACCUAUGUUAAGAAAAGCAUACAAGAAAAUAACGAAAUUCUCCGAAGUGAUGGCUUAUUUCGCGACCCGAGAAUGGAAGUUUGACAACACGAAUACUCAGCAACUCUUCCAAGAAUUGUGCCCAGCCGACAAACACCUAUUUGACUUCGACAUGAGUGCUCUGAAGUGGAACGAGUACUUCUACAAUUAUAUUCGAGGCGUUAGGGUUUACUUACUAAAAGACCCGGUCGAAACUGUUCCGGAGGGUAUUAAAAAGCUGCACAGGUUAAAGUAUCUCCACUACACCUUUUGCGCUAUUUUAGGGUUAUUAUUCCUAAGGCUAUUAUGGGCUAUGCUUAGUGGUGUAUUUAGUUUUUAAUUUGUACCAAAAUUUUAAAUGGUUAUUGAAUUAGCUAAAUGGUUUUGAAAAUUUACAUUGUUUUGCUGCUUCAGUAGUUUGCGUUGAGUUUUUGCGUUGGGUAGGUGGCGCUGGUGUCGCGUUUAGG